UGUUGGAAGCUAUGGACCGAUACCUGCUGUUGUUGACUUGGGGAGAGAGGCGGUCAGAGACGGCGGACCGAGAGCCCGGGAAUCGGCCCGCGGCCUCGUCCUCGGCGUCGGACGGCCCUGAAAUUUCUCCGGGAUUAACAGCAGCAAAUGUUUAUCAUUGUGUGAAAAGAAGCAUUAGUGCCUCAAUGAAUGCAGAAGAUAGUACCUUUCCCGCCUGUUCAGUGGUUGGUGUUCCAGGUCCCAAGAAGUGGUUCUUUGCAGUUCAAGCAAUAUGUGGAUUUUAUCAGUUUUGCAGUUCUGAUUGGGAAGAAAUACAUUUUGAUACACAAAAAGAGGAAAGUGAGGACUCUCUUGAGACAGAUAUUGAAGAAUGUCUGAAUGCUGUUCGUUGCUUGGAGGAAGAAGAUAGUAAUAGCAGGGAAUCACUGUCACUGACUGAUCUAUUUGAAGAAGCUGCAGAAAAUUUGCAUCAGUUAUCGGACAAACUCCCUGCUCCUGGUAGAGCAAUGAUAGAUAUAAUACUACAACCCUUUGAAAAAGAUUCUUCCAAAUUGAAAGACUGUUUACCUGCUAUUGGUGCAUUGAAACACCUGAAGGAGUGGCAUUCAGCAAAAAUUACUAUUGCUGCAAAUAAUUGUAAAGGAAGUUGCCAGAAAAUUGCAACAUAUCUUUCAGCCGACAUUGUGGCCUUAGAUGAUAUAAAAAAUGUAAUUGACUCCAGAGAACUAUGGAGAGGGAAGAUUCAGAUAUGGGAGAGAAAGUUUGGAUCUGAAGUUAAGUUUCCAGAAUUUAGUCUAAGAGGAAUCUCACCGAAAAUUCAUAACACAUCUUAUUUAAAUACUUCCUUCUCUGCCAAGAAGACAGUAAAAUCAAAGGAUAAGAAUAUUUUGCCCGAGGUUUUUCAUUAUUAUGGCCCUGUUUUAGAGUUCAUACAGAUGGUAUCAUUGUCAGAUCUCCCAUCUUACUACAUGUCAGACAUUGAAUUUGAAUUAGGAUUGACAAGAAAUAAUACAAAAGAGAAUUCCAAGUUGCUGUUGGAACAGAUUUCAUCUCUCUGUGGCAAGGUUGGAGCACUCUUUGUCUUACCUUGUAGUAUAAGUAACAUACUUAUUCCACCACCAAGCCAACUGAGUACAAGGAAAUGGAAGGAAUAUAUGGCAAAAAAGCCCAAAACUAUCACUGUUCCAGAUGUUGAAGUGAAAGGAGAGUGUUCUAGCUAUUAUCUCUUGUUGCAAGGUAAUAACAAUGGACGAUGUAAAGUGACAUUGAUUUAUUCAGCCAACCAGAUCAAUGGUUCAGCCGCACUCAGUCUAAUUCAUGGAAAUAUGAAAGCAAAGCCAGAAGGAACAGGCUAUCCUAUUGACUUCAUCUGUUCAUUGCCGUGUUUCUCUGGAGAGCAGGUUGUACAGAGAGAGAAGCAGCUGGCUAAGGUCCAAGAUUUGGCUUUGAAGGAAUAUCUGAGAAGAAAGGAAUCCAUAGAACAGCCUGUUACAGUUUCUGUUGAUGAACUCAAUACUCUCUUAUCACUAACGAGGGAACGUUUUAUAGAGUUUUUUGAUGCUAGUAUUCCCAAAACAGCUCUUCACAAAGCCAGAAACAAAAUCAAAACUUCAGAAAUAUUAAGAGAAUCCACAUUUCUGGAAUCUAAUCAUCUGGAAUGGCCAGAAAGACAUGUUCUUCAGAACUUGGAAACCUUUGAAAAAGCUAAGCAAAAAUUCAGAACUCCUAUGUUGUCACGUUCGUCUGAGCAAUUGCUGGGCCAUAAGGAUGGUCAUCGGGAAUCAGUGACCUUAUUGGAUGCAAAAGAAUUGCUGAAAUACUUUACAGCAGAUGGAUUACCAGUUGGCGAUCUUCAGCCUUUGCAUAUCCAAAAGAGUGAAAAUACUUUUCUACUGACACCAGAACUUACACCUGGGAAAGUACAAGUCUUACCUUUUGAAAAAGCCUCUGUGUGUCACUAUCAUGGGAUUGAAUAUUGUCUGGAUGACCGAAAAGCCUUAGAAAGAGAUGGGGGAUUUUCUGAACUUCAGGCUCGCCUCAUUCGUUAUGAAACUCAGACUACGUGCACAAAAGAGUGUUUCCCUGUACCCUGUGUCUUGAGCCCUCUUCCAUCCCCUGCAGUUUUGUCAGAGCCUGGAAGUGUCCCAGAUGGAGAAGCUUUACAGAGCGAACUAAGAACUGAUGUAUCCAGACUGAAGCGGAGAUCAAAAGACACAGAUUGCUUUUAUCCCACAAAAAGUAGAUUAACAAAAUCUGAAAGUUCUGAUUCUCUUCUUUCUCAAGCAAGUGGUAAUAGUGGACUUCAUCAUACAGCAACCAUGACAAGAUCACACCCUCAUCGGUCUUUAUCUGUAACCUGUCCAUCUGUUCCAACUCCUAGCUCUGAAGUUCGAAAAGUAGCUUCAAAGUCAGGUGUAGGUCAGAGAAAUGUGCAAGAAUCAGACCCAAUAAGGCAAGCUAAGGAAUCAAGAUCACAGAAACAUACUAGGAUGCUGAAAGAAGUAGUUACAAAAACCCUAAAAAAACAUGGCAUUUCUGAGGACCAUGAGUGCUUUUCAGCCUGCAGCCAGCGUCUCUUUGAGAUAUCCAAGUUUUAUCUAAAGGAUUUGAAAACUUCAAGAGGUCUGUUUGAAGAAAUGAAGAAAACAGCAAAUAGCAAUGCUAAACAGGUGAUUGAAUGGGUCUUAGAGAAGACAAGCAAGAAGUAACAGAGACUGAUUCUGUUUGAGUAGAUUAUUAAAAUUAUAGGAGGUUGUUUGACA